AUGUUCGCAGACAAAAUCCCUAGCGUGAAAGACUCGGAUAAUGAGUGCGAAGAGCGCUUGCUAGCAGAAGAGGAGGGGAUGCUUUGGAUUGGUGAUGAUGAAGGCAACUCUUAUAGCACCUAUACAAUUCUUCUCCUAUGGGUGCUUGGUCUUUACAUAAUCUUCAUGGCUGGUGCUUUGUUCGGAUUCUUUUGGAGAGGUGACCUGAACGGACUCUGUAGUCAACAUAUUUCCCAAUAUUGUGAAUUGCAGUCCUUCAAUGGUUCGCUAGUCAAAGAGAAUAUUUUCCGUCAAGAUGCAAGCCCGGAAGUGGAUGCUGCAUGGGAUUCCCUGGGAAUCAACUAUCGAUCGGUUCGAGUUACUUCAAAAGAUGCAGAGGAGUCUGGUCUCGCCCCGGACCAAGUCAAGAUCAAGCCAAGAUAUGGAGGAGGAUAUCCGGCUACUGUUGAAGGCCUACAUCAUUUACAGUGUCUGUCAUCGUCUGAUUUUGAACAGAAUCUUCUGCGGCAGUCGCUUUACUACAACCAUGACUAUUACCAUUCUCAAGGUGGCGGUACUUUCAGCAACAACGACCAAAUUCUAAGAUACCAUGUUUUCGUCUACAAAGCCCAUUGUCUAGAUGUUCUUCGACAGCAACUCAUGUGUACAGUGGAUACCGGACUAUUGGGUCAAGUCUGGAUCUACCCGGACAACCCAGAGCCAUAUCAUGACUUCAGCAGCCAGCAUAAAUGUAAAAAUUUCGAAAAGAUUCGUCGCUGGGCCCAGAUCAAUCAACUACCAGAGGAUCUACCUACCGACUUCCUAGCUCCCAUGCCAGGCGACACGAUAUACCAGGAAAUGCCAUGA